CGUUAUAUUAAAGCAUUUUAUUAAUGAAUUGUAAUGUGGUGAUGUGGCUUCGGAUUGUUUUUAAUUUAAUAAUUUCUUUUUGGUUUUAGCAAUUUAUUUUGCAUAUUUUAAUAUCUAAAAUAUUUUAAAAAUAAAGUUUACCUUAAACUUAAAGUGAAUUAAAUAAAUAAAGUGUACUCUCACCUAAACACCAUGGAUUCGGCCAAAAUAAAUAACUUAAAUGAAAAAUCCGAAUUAAAAGCAUUCAUGGCCAAAAUACGUGCUGGAAAUCUUGUUAGACUAAUCGAGGCUAAUCAACUCCAAUUCGAAGAAAAAUGUUCUUACUUAACUCAAAAGUUAAAAAAAUCCGAAGAAGAAAUGCGACGAAAAAUAUCAAUUUUACAACAAAAUUCUCAUUUAAUUGAAAAAUUUCAAAAACAACUUCAAGAACUUUCAGAUCAAAAUACUGAGCUUCUAAGCCAACAACAAGAAAUCAAAGAUGAAAAUGAAAAUUUAAACGCCCAAUUACAAUGUUCCGAAGAUAAAUUUGCCCAAUUGGAUGUUUUAUAUGAUCAACAAAUUACCGAAUUGACAGAGAGGAAUAAUGAAUUAUUGGAAAAGAAUAACGAGUUAGAACAACAAUUGUCAGCUUUAGAGUGUUCUCAAGAGCAAAGCAUUGAUCAGUUUGACAAGACUCAAAGGAAUUUCAAUGAAAUGCUUACAAAAUCUGAACAACGUAAUACCAAUCUUCUAAACGAAUUGAAUAACUUACACGCAGAAAAAGGAUCAGAAAUUGAAAAAUUGAAAUCAGAAAUAUCACAGCUCAAAGAUAUUUUAAAUCAGAGGACUAUCGAUUAUGAGGAGAGAAUUCAAGAUUUGCAAACUAGUCUUUCAUCGGCAAUGGAUGGGAAGAAAGAAAUUCAUGAAUUGGAGCAUCAAAUUGAAAAUUUAAAUCAUGAACGUAAAGCAGAUCAAAAGGCUUUUGAUUCUGAAAAAUGUCGGGCAACUGCUGCAAAUGACGAAUUAAAGGCGACUAUCGAGGAAUUGACAAAUAAAUUAUGUACGAAAGAAAAAGAAGUUCAGGAAGUUUAUUUGAAAUUCAAACAAAUAACACGUUUAGGUGCUGCGACUCCAACUGCACCAGCUACGAUGCAAUCAGCAAACUUUGUAACUCGAAAACGUGCCAGUCCUGAUGAUCCCCAACCAUUUGAUGAUUCAACCGAUUCUGAUGCAUCAUCUGUUUCGUUUUAUAAGGGCAAAUGUCGACGUAAUUCAACAGAUCUAGAUGAAAAGUUCGAAAAUGUAAAAAAGUCUGAAGCAGCACCGAAGAAUCAAUUUAGAAAACCUACUUUUGGAUACAAAAGGAAGGUGUCUAAAAAUUAUGAACCAAUUGAAAUACCAGAAUCUCCAGUUGUGAGUUCGUCGGCAUUUGGAAACCAUGACAAGAAGUUGUGAAGUUCAAUUAGUAUAUUUUUACUAUUUAUUUUGUUUUAUAAUUUGUUAAAAUUGGAGUAGUUUUUUUGUUUUCUUUUUUUUAAAUAUUAUUUUAAUAAAAUCUAUAACAUUUUAUUAUAAGAGAGA